GAUUGUAAAGGGAGUAAAAGUGCGUCUCUCGGAUUCGUGCGGAAAAACAUCGAGGAAAGAUUGUCAGUUAUAUUAGAAACUAGAUUUUAUUCUUUUAUUUUGAAUAUUCGCGCUUCUAGUAUGGCGGACGGUAUAUUUACGUAACAACUCUUACCGCCUGAGCUAGAGAGACGGAUAUCUGGGGAUGUCUGUCGGGUCGGGAGAUCUACAGUAGGCUAGACACCCAUAGGAAUUAUAAUACUGUAUUAGGACGAAAGACGAGAGGAGAGAGAUAGAGAGAACCUGUUGACACUUUUUGCCGCUUCUCUCCGGCAUAGUACCUAUACGUAAAUGCGGCGUAUGUGUGCACGUGCUACAUACGGUCUUGCGUAUACGGACGGGCUGAUGAUCGAGCACCCCGUGGAGCCGGAUAUCUGUCUUGUAUGAUCAAUAAUUGACACGAAGGAUUAAAAACUUUGGUCUGCUAGAAUGGAGCUUCACAAACACUUUAUGAGCAUUGCUGAGUUAGAGUCAUCAAUCUUUGAAAUCAUUGGAAGUACUCCAAUACUACAGGAAUCCAUAGAUGUUAUAGCAGCAAAAUAUAUUGAAGAUUGCUUUGAAGCAUUAAAAUCUACCGGCACCAGCAAGAAAAAAUUGGAAUUACUAAGGUUCUUAUUGUGUCAACAAUACAAGUUGAAUUAUGAACAUCCCAGAGAGAGCAAGGCCAAAUUUCAGACAAAAUUAAAUCACUUUUUGAAGUUCUUACUCAACAGUAAAUUGUACACACAGAAAGAGAAUCAAUCUAUCUUGAACGAUGUCAUGGUAUUGCAGGUAGUACUUUUUGAGGACCAAAAAUACUUUGUUAAGUUCUUUGAAGAUUUUCGAGCUAGCUGCACUGCUGAUAGAACAGAAACAGCAAACAAACUGUCAAUAGAUUGGUAUUUAAAGAUGUUGAACUGUUUUUUAAGUGCCUGGGAAGUACUUAACUUCUUGAAUGAUAAACUAAAUGUUGGAGCUGCAAAUAAGGCACAUUUAGAAUGUUGUAAAAAGGUUUUACUCUCUUCAGUCAUGUAUGAUCUGCAAACUUGGAUUCAAUGCAAUGAAAAUAAUGAAUUACGUGCUUUGCACUCAGUUUUAUCAAAGGUAGUUACCAUUGCAAAAAAUAAUAGGAUUUUAAGUCCAUACUUACAUGAAAUUCUUGAUAAACAGUUUGCCUUAACAAUCAUAUGUAUUUUAUGUGAUUUUGUAUUUCCAAUCGAAUCAUCAAAUAUGGAUGUUGAUUACAGUUUAAUUCAUCAUGCCAACUUAUGGUGUAUGGUACAGAACAAACUUGUGUCCGAAAUUUCGCAAGAACGAAAACAGGCUUUGUAUCUGUUUAAAAGACUAAUUGACUUUAUAGAUUUAAAUGAAGAAAAAAUCAAGAAAACAAUAUCUUUGAAUUUAAUGCCAAACAAAAUCAAUCCAUUUAUUUGUACUGAAAAUGAAUCUAGCAAAUUAGGCAUUAAACUUAUAAGAACAAAUUUUGUAUUAAUAAUGGAAGCUUUAGAAGAGAAACAAAAACAUUUAGUCAUUCCAUCUCUGUCACUUGUAGAUUCUCUAAUUGAGGGUUACAGGGAGCAUGUUUCUUGUGGAAAUUGCUUUGACUUUGGAUGGCUCUACUGUAUUUUUGCAAGAAUACUAAAGCAUAAUAAUAAUGCUGUUGUUAAAUGGGGAUUGUUAAAAUCACUAAAAUUGAAUAGAGAAGUAUAUUACUAUGACCAUUUUAUUCUACUGGUGGUAAAAACUCUUAAUAAUACGUUUCUUUAUGAAAAAAAUUAUGAAGAAGUACAACCAGAAAUUGUAACUGCACUUACAACUUGGUUUAAUCAAUCUCAAAGUGAAUAUCUUCGUUUGAUGGAAAAAUUUAUACUUACGUUUUAUGAAUCAUCCUGGGCUCCAGUGCCUCUGUUUUAUAUUCUUCAAUCAUUGAGUUCUACAUCGGAUAAAUUAAACAAUAUUGUAGAUCUGCAGUAUGAAGAAUUAGAUGUACUGAGAAUAGUCUUGGAUAGAAAUAUCAAAUUGCACCCACCAAUGCUUAGAACUAUGUCUCAAGUUUUGCUGAUCAAAAUAUUAUCUCGUUUUUCUCAAAAUCCAAAAUUAAUGGACAUAACUAAAUUAUUAUCAGUAUUUUCUGAAAGAGAUAUAAUUGAACCAUGUUCUUGGCAUGCAUUAACAUCUUGGCUUGCUAAAAGUCAGUACAACGAUACAAUCAGUUUUAUUAAUCAAGUUUGUGAUGAAUUGAUGUUUGAUGAUAAUACUGUUGGGAUAAAAAUGUCUACUUUUUCCAUUAUAAUUCAAGCACUUUUUGAGGGUGGAAUAAUCUGCCAAUCUGAACAGUGCUCUAUAACUCAGAAAUUAACAACUCUUUUCCUGUGCUUGGAUAAAAUUGAUAUAAGACCUUACGUGAAAGUUUCUCUUGUUGUAAAAAUUAUUGACCUUUUUACUAAUUGGUUCAAUUUGCAACAUGAAGUUCCUGCAUUUGUUUAUAAAAUAUUAAUCAAUUACAAACAGACAAUAUUUAAAUUUAUUUUGAAGUUGUUUCAUAAUGACGAUUUUGAUUCUGAUUAUAUUCUUAUUUUUACAAUGUUUCUACAUAAUAUUGAAUAUUUUUCAAAUGGAAAACUUAAUACAAUAUGUAUUGUAGAUAGCAGCAAUAGGAAAGAAUUAGAAACAAAAUGUUUGCAAGUUCUCAGUAAUACCAAUAAACAUAAUAAAGUUCAACUAUUAUUUGCUCUGGAAACUUUAAGUAAUAUAUCCAACCAUUACAAAUAUGAUAAUAAAUUGUUGUUAGAAAAUAUAAAAGAUUUGAUACAAACUUGUAAAUCUCAAGAGCGCAGUAAUGAGAUAACUGGAGAGAUAGCUUCCAAUUAUUACUUUGCCUUAAGUGAACUAAUUAAAAAUCAUGUGAAAACUCUAAACUUUGAUGAUUUAAUGGCUAAUGACGAAUGGCUUAAAAUAUUGUCUUUGGUUGUUGAUACAGCAGGAAAUCAAGUAUUGAUCCAUUUUUUUGAUGUGAUUCACCAGUUCAGUAGUGCUGUUGUUAAUGACAGUGAAAAAUUAGAAGAAUUAACAGUUUUAACAAAAAGCUUAUGGAACUGUAACUUUGGUAGCAAAAGGGAUAAAGUAUUUUGGUUGGUUUGUCAAAAACUUACAAAAUGCAUAAAUAGCUCAAAUUUUUUAAAUUCCCCAUGUCUUAAAGAUGUUUCAGAAGAAUUUACUUCAAGAAUGUUAAGUGAAGGAGAAUCAUUACCAGUUCUUAAAUAUAUUUUACUAAUUUUUAGUGAAAUAAAACAGAAUUUCAGCUAUUUUAUUGAUAUAGUGUUGAAUGGAUUACUUCAUGGGCAAGUAAUGCGACGAGAUCAGAGAAUAAACAUGCAAACAUUUUUAGAGGCAAAGAAAUAUUUAAAAGCCUAUACACUAAAAGAUGAAACAAUUGAUAACUUGGAAGUCUAUGAAUUUAUGAACAGGCAAUGUAAUAUAGAUGCAGCAAUACGAGCUGCUGCUGUUCUGCAGUUAAUUAAGGCCUUGCAAAAUGAUAAUAAAAAUGCUGCUUUACUUUUGCCAUUAAUACUGAAAAAACUAUUGGCUGUACAAAAAAAGAGAUAUUUUGCUGAUUCUCAGUUGCACAGAUUAAAACAUCGACUUAUGCAAAUCCUAUUGAUUUUGCAACCUUAUCUAGAUCAGCAAUCAACUGUGAUGUUAUACCAAACCUUAUGUGAUUCAAUAGUAUACGAUAGUGAUCAGCAUAGUGUGAGAUUGAUGAAAGAAUGGUUGCUUGUAAGAAUUUAUUUAUCAAAUCGAGAAUUGCUAUCUGAUCUAUGGUCAUUCUUUGAAAAGAUUUGCAAUGAAAGACCAGGUAGUGCAAGUUCUAUUAUUGGCAUAAUAUGGCACAUUUCACUACAAUUAGACAGAAACCAUGUUUCUGAAUUUAUUAAAAAGGCUUUAGAAAAAUUAGGAGUUUGUUGCAUGGGACAACAAUUUGGAAUUCGUUUAUUUGGGCAGGUGUUUUUUAUCAAACUUUACGAAUUAUUAGAUGAAAAUAGUGAUCUUAGACAGGAAUAUGCCAAUUUUCAUAAAUCAGUAUUAGCAAGUCUAAACUGUGGUAAUUUUAAGAAAAAUCCUAUCAAGAUAGAUGAAGAUUUUUUUUACUCUACCUUUAACCCUAAACAGCAUUAUACGUUGGAGACAAUAUAUCAUCAACUGCCUCGAUUAUCUAAUGUCAGUAUUGAGGAGUGGAUUACGAAAGAAAAUUUUGAAGAACAAUUACUUUUAGACAAUGGAACCAUUAAUUUUGAUAUUAAAAAUACAGAUUGUUCUUUAAAUGCAGCAUCAAUUCCUUACUCCAUUUUGAAGUCUAAUGAGAAUUGUAAACCAGAAGAAGUUGAGUGCUCUGAAAAUAUAACAGAUAUGCAAAAAAAGAUUACUCCAUGGAAAGCAAUGUUACCAAAUGAAGAGGAACUGUCUGAGAUAGCAGAUUUAUCAAAUUAUAGAAAAGAGUGUAAUAAUAAACAAGAUAUUGUAGUUGUAGCUUCUCUUAUAGAAAAAUCUCAAAAUUUAGGUGGAAUCGCAAGAACAUGUGAAAUUUUUGGAGUCAAGCAACUUGUUGUUUCUAAUCUUAAACAAAUUGAAGAUAAAGAAUUUCAAGUGUUAAGUGUUUCAGCUGACAAAUGGAUAAAAAUAAUUGAGGUUAAAUCAUUUUCACUUGCCAAUUAUUUAUUGGAGUUAAAAGACUGUGGCUGGACUUUAAUUGGAGCAGAACAAACAGCAAAUAGUGUGAAUCUGUAUGAUUUGAAAUAUCCAAAACAAACUGUACUAGUCUUAGGAAAUGAAAAAAAUGGAAUUCCUGCAAAUAUUAUACCACUACUAGAUAUGUGUGUGGAAAUAUCUCAAUUUGGUGUCAUACGUUCAUUAAAUGUUCAUGUAACAAGUGCAAUUUGUAUAUGGGAAUAUGUUAAACAAUAUCAAUUUGAACCUUAAAAAUUUUAUAGUUUUCAUAAUAAAAAGAAAUGUUGAUUUUAUUA